AUGGGUGGCUUCCGAGACAAUUCCACUCCUCAUACUAAUGAAUACAUUGACCCCGCCGUCGAAGAAGCUAUCAAGUACAUGAGGAAUAAGCUAAAUAUAACUGCAAUUGGCGCAGUUGGCUAUUGCUUUGGAGCAAAGUAUAUUGCUCGUCACUCCGGCGCCGAAAAAAUCAACGUUAGCUAUAUGGCCCACCCUUCUAACAUCAAUGACAAUAAGAUCAAAGGCUUUCAAGGUCCUCUUUCUAUAGCGGCCGCUGAAUAUAAUAACCUUUUCCCACCAGAGCUACGCUAUAAGACUGAGAAUCUUCUUAAGACGAAAAGCUUUCCUUACCAAAUCAAUCUAUUCUCUGGUGUGUCACAUGGCUUUGGUGUUCAUGGUGACUUAACUAACCCAGUCUUUAAGUGGUGUAAGGAACAAGCUUUCUUCCAAGCCAUUGCUUGGUUUAACCAAUAUCUUGUUAGUAAUGAAAAGGGCAGUUUAUAA